AGCCUCGCUCCCACUCCCGACUCUCUGUCGCUCCGGCUGCUCCUUGCCCCGCCCUGUCAUUGUCCCCACUAGUCUCCUUUUCCCUUUCAUCCUAAAAGCUUUGAGAGCCGCUGGCUUUUCCCAGUACCCCGCGUCUCUCCACCUUCGGUGGGCCAGACGAGCAGGAUGGAGGGCUGCCUGGGGGAGGAAUCCUUCCAGAUGUGGGAGCUCAACCGGCGCCUGGAGGCCUACUUGGCCCGGGUCAAGGCGCUAGAGGAGCAUUAUGAGCUGCUCAGCGCGGAGCUCGUGGGUCUCCGGGCACAGUCCGGGGACGCCCCCUGGCGCGCCCGUGCCGACGACGAGCUCGCAGCACUGCGGGCCCUCGUCGACCAGCGCUGGCGGGAGAAGCACGCGGCCGAAGUGGCGCGCGACAACCUGGAGGAGGAGGUGGAGAGCGUGGCGGGCCGGUGCCAGCAGCAGCGGCUGGCCCGCGAGCGGACGGCGGAGGAGAUGGCCCGCAGCCGGCGCGCGGUCGAGGCGGAGAAGUGCGCGCAGGCGGUGCAGGGCGCCCGCGAGGGGCGCCUGGAGCUGCAGCAGCUGCAGGCCGAGCGCGGCGGCCUCCAGGAGCGCAGGGCGGCCCUGGAACAGAGGCUGGAGGGCUGCUGGCAGGAGCGGCUGCAGGCCACUGAGAAGUUCCAGCUGGCCGUGGAGGCCCUGGAGGAGGAGAAGCGGGGCCUCCAGACUCAGAUCGCCCAGGUCCUGGAAGGUCGGCAGCAGCUGGCACACCUGAAGAUGUCCCUGAGCCUGGAGGUGGCCACAUACAGGACCCUUCUAGAGGCUGAAAACUCCCGGCUGCGGACACCUGGCGGGGGUCCCAAGGCUUCCUUUGGCUUCCAGGACCCCAAGCUGGAGCUGCACUUCCCUGGGACCCCAGAGGGCCGACGUCUGGGACCUUUGCUCUCUGUCUUGAGCCCUACACCUCUCUCCUCGCCCUUACCUGAUACCCUUGAGACGCCAGUUCCUACCUUUCUGAAGAGGCAGGAAUUCCUCCAGGCCAGUACCCCGACCUUGGCCAGCACCCCCAUCCUACCCGCACCUCAGGCUCCCUGCCCCGCUACGGAUGGGGCGGUCAGAGCCCAGGAGGCCACUCCCUCCGUGCUCCAGCCACAGGGUGAGAGGCAGCAGCUUCCACAGGCCACGUGGGGCGAAGCCAGCGAGGCCAUCCCUGCCAGCCUCCUGCUGGCCCCAGAGGAACCUGGGGGCAAGCAGCAAGAAGCUGGUAGAGGCCAGUGCCCUGAGGAUCAAGCCUCCUCAGCCCCACCCCUCAGCCCCGAGCACCCCAGUUUAGAGGCCGAAGGUGGAGAACCAGGGGAGUCUGGAGCGUCCAGCAGAUUCCGGGGGGAAUGUGAAGGACACGUCGGGGAGCCGGCAGAGAAGGAAACAGCCACAGAGGUCGGAAUGGUGAGCAGUUCGCAGCAGGACACACGGCAGGAAGAGGGGGACCUGAACAGGGAGGAAAUCGCGGACGCCUGGAGUCCGGAGAACGAAGCUCCGAAGUCUCUGGAAGAGGAUGUCCAAGCGUCACUGACGUCUCUGGAGAAGCAGAACCGCGAGACGCCGAGAGCUCGAGCGGAGGAGAGUCAGGGAUCUCCGAGGUCUUUAGACGAGAGCGGGGAAGCACUCCAGGGUCUGGAAAAGGAGAGUCGAGAGCUAGAGGCGUCUUUGGAGGAAAAAGACGUGGAGGGGGAGAGCACUCUGCGAGAAGGGGCUCCAGGACUCCAGCCGAUGGGGACAGAGGCCCCCCACACACGGCGGCCUCUAGAGGAGGAGAAGCAAGGACUUACGAGAUCUCGUGAAGAUGGUCUGGAGACAUUUUUAUAUCCAGGAGAGGAAAAUCAAGUGUCGGUGAGGUCCCCGGCCGAGGAGAGCUUCGAGGCAUUGACAGCUCGAGACAAAGAGCACCCGGGGCCGCCGAGGCCUCUGGGGGAAGACCCGACGACACUGGGACCUUGGGAAAAGGGGGAGCCCGAGCCCCUGGGGUCUCUUGGAAAAGACCAGGAGGUAGUUAGACCUCUCGAAAAAGAGGAUGGAGAGUUAUUAAGGCCCCUGGAAGGAGAGAGAGGAGAGGUGGCGAGAUGUUUAGAAACGGAGAACCUAGAACCCAUGAGGUCUGCCGGGGACCCGCAAACAGCGACGUCUACGGGAGCACAAGAGCUGUCGCGGCCUCCGGAGGAAAUGCAUCGGGAGACAACGAAGCCUCUAGAAGCGGAAGUUCAGGAACCAGGGGGGCCUGGGGAAGAGAACCGAGAGUCAGGGGGGCCCCUGGAAGAGAACCAAGGAUCACGCGGAUCUUCGGAGGAGAGCGACCGAGAAAGCGCGAGGCCUCCAGCAGCGGCAGACGAGGAAACUCGGGCGAACCUGGAAGAGGACAGCCUGGGGGACGAGGGGGAUCGAGAGCCGCUGAGGCCACUGGAAGAGGGGGGACGGGAGCCGCUGAGGCCACUGGAAGAGGGGGGACGGGAGCCGCUGAGGCCACUGGAAGAGGGGGGGCGGGGGGCGCCUGGGAGGGCCGGAGUGGACAAGGGGCUUGGGGCAGAGCCGGACCUGAAGGAGGGGGGUGGCUUCCCUGGGAAGGAGCCGUCUGGGGGGGAGGGAGGGCUGUGUCUGGCUGCCACAGCGGGGGCCUGGGGGGCCGGCGAAGGGCACCCCAAGCCCAAAGAGCAGAGGGUCCCGGCUGAGGGAGCCCGUGGGGAGGAGGGCACUGAAGGCCCCCAGGACCCUGAAGGGCAGCCAGAGCACGUGGUGGCUUCAGGCUUCCGAUCUCCCCGAGGACCGUCAGAGGGGACAGAGCUGGUGUUGGAAGCUGAGGGUGGCGAAGAUGAGGUCAGCGAGGAUGAGGUCAGCUCGGGGCUGGAGCCGGCCGCGGCCGAGGCUGCCGCAGGAGCCGGGCAGAGGCUGGAGCAGGAGGCGGUGGGACUGGAGGACCCAGGCCGCCCAGGGGAGAGGGGUGAGGAGGCAAAGGGGGCGCCGGGCUUGGAAGGGCCUGCAGAGGACCCAGAGGGGACAGCCGCUCUGGAGCCAGGGAGGAGCAGGGAGCCCCCGGAGCCCCCCGCAGCCGGGGCGGGGGCGAAGCCUGGGGCCCCCUGGGCAGCAGAGGCCGUGUUCCCUGCUGAGACCUUGUGCCAAGAUGGAAGUGACGUCCCUCAGCCCGGGCCUCAGGGCUCAGAGGAAGCUGAGGAGGGUGCAGAACCGGUGCUGGGGGCCCCCAGCCCAGCCCCUGAAGUCGGCUUUGAGCCCAAGCCCCUGGCGGAGGAGGAGUGGGGUUCCGGGGGGUUCCCCGAGGGCCUCCAGGACGAGGGGGAGGAGAGCGGGGAUGAGAGUGAGGCCGACGAGCUGGGGGACACCCUUCCUGACUCCACCGCCCUGGGCCUCUACCCCAGGCCCCCUGCCUCGCCCGAGUGGGACCUUGAUGUAGCUCAGAGGGAGGCCGGAGAGGAAGGCUGUGGUCCCACAGUCCUGGCCCCUGGGGACCGUGGGGCCCACCCGGAGGAGGGCAAAUGUGGCCUGGACUCUGAGGACCUGGGGACCGAGGCUUCUCUCCUCCCUGGGGUCCCCAGGGAGGUGACGGACCCUCUGGGCCAUGUGUCCCAGCUGCGACUGGAGCCUGCAGCCUGGGGUCAGGACAGGGAGUCUGACGGGUUUGCAGACGAGGAGGAGAGUGGGGAGGACGAGGACGAGGGGGCGGAGGGGAGGGCGCCAGGGGCUGGGCAGUGGGGGCCAGGGCCCUCCGCCAGCAGCCUCCUGGCCUUGAGCGGCCCUCAGAGAGAGAGCCCACCAGGGCCCGAGCCCGUCAGCAUCCCCUGGGACACCGCCCCAUUGCGGGAUGCAGCGGCCAGUCCCCCGGUGACUGCCCAGGAGACCGGCUCCCAGGACAGCACUGAGCCCUCUGGCUCAGAGGACGAGUCUGACGCUGCCCCCUUGGAGAGGGAGGAUCAAGUCCCCGGCCCCCUGGGGACCCUCGGUGGGACGGAGGACACCCCUGGUGUCAAUGGCCAGGGCCCCGGCUUGCAGGAGGAGUUGGAGCAUGUGAACGGGGGGUUGGUCACCUGGCUGGGACAGUCUGAUGGGGCGGGGCAGGAGAAAGUGGGGGCCCUUGAGGGGGGCCGAGGGAGCCCUCUGGAGGAGGAGGGCACGGGGGGUGCCCUGAAGCCCCCUUGGGCGGGGGCGUCUCUUCACCUGGGCCCCAGCCAGUUCCUGCAGUUCACACAGCAGGAAGGGGACAGAGAUUCUUGGUCCUCGGGGGAGGACUAGGGACGGUGCUGCUCCCCGGAUGCCGGCUUGGCUGGGGACAGGGCCCAGCCCCUCCCUGCUCAGGGCCAGCACCUUCAUUCGUGAGCUCCUGACCUGUGGUUUCUGUCCGAGACGCCGGACUGGCCAAGGGAAAAUGGGGUACAGCAAAGGGACCCCUUCCAAGCACGGAGACUCCAGGAGUAAAAGCAGCCCCUCGGACCCUGCAAAGGGCGCCCCCCCACCUGCAUGUCCCGUGAGCUUCAAGCCAGCUGCGCCCCUGUAGGACUAGGCUCCUUUCCCUUGCUCCCCCGUCCUGCCUGUCCCUUCGCUGGAGAAGGCCUAGGGCCCAGUGGCUCCUUCAACGGGAGGGACUGUGGGGGUCACCGGCUCUGCACCUCCUCGCUGCACCCACGGGGCAUGUCUGGCUGGUGAGGCGUGCUCGCCUGUCCCGGCUCCCCAUCUCCCUGCCCUGUGUGGCCCUGUUUGGCUCAUCCUUGCCUGAAUAAAGUGAUGGCUCCACCUACAAA